AUGUCGAUCGCGCGCGAGGACGGAGGGACGACGAACGUCGAGGGUGACGACGACGGCGUCGACGCGGCGGCGGAGACGACGCGAAGGGCGAAGACGCGCGCGCCCUUGGACGAGGCGGCGCUCGAGGGACUCGUGACGCAGCUGGAGUUUUACUUUGGCGAUGGGAACGCGGCGACGGAUCGGUGGUUGCGAGAGCGCAUCGCGAGUGAUCCCGAGGGGUGGGUCUCGCUCGCGGACGUGUGCGCGUUUCCGAGGAUGCGGAAUAAGUUGAAGAAACGGGACUGGCGGGACGAGGCGCCGCGAGCGGUGCGGACGUCGUCGAGCGCGAUUAUCGAGGUGAGCGAGUGCGGGGAGCGGAUACGGAGAUUAGGAAAUGCGCCCGUACCAGAGGUCGAUUUGGAGGAGGUGCAGGCGCGGACGGUGGUGGUGGAGAAUUGUAAGGAGUGGACGGUUGCCGCUCUUCGCGAGACGUUCGAGCCGUGCGGCGCAGUGGUGAACGUUCGCGUGCGCAAACCGGGACGCGAUGGGGUACCCGCGACGGAGAAUCGAGGAAAAACGCACGCGCUCGUGGAGUUCGAAACGCCGAACGAGGCGAAAGAGGCGGUGUCGCGUUUGGACAAUCCCGCGGACUGGCGAAACGGUUUGCGAGUGCGCAUUCAGCUGAAACCGGGACAGAAGAAAAAGAAGAAACAGGUUGCGAAACCGCCCGCGGACGAGCAAGCGAGCGAGGAAAUUGAAGGUGAAGAGAAAGAUUGUGAGAACGAGAAUCAGGGCGAGGAUCAGGGCGCGAAGAAGUCGCAGAAAAAGAAAAAGAAAAAGCCCGAUUACGCAAAGUGGGCGAGCGCGGCGGCGUUCAAAGAGAAUCGAACCGCCAUUACCGCCCCGGCCGACGGGAUGGGUGAGGGCGCUUCCGAAGAGGCGCUAGAAGAGGCGCUCCCGAAACGACUGGUGUUGACCCCGCGGACAGCGCCCGCGGACGCACGACAGCCGAGCAUGCCAGAUGGUUCUCCAGGAUUCAAUCGCGUAAGGACGUGCACUCCAAAGUUUGUAGUCGACAGCACUACCGGUAGCGAAGAGACGAGUUGA